AAAAUAGGUAAAGAAUCUUUCAGGUUUUGCUCAAGAAUUCAGAGAAUUCAUUAAGACAUCACUAUGGUUCAUUGGUCAGACCACGAGCGUCAAGUCAUCCACGACGUGUGGGGUAAGGUCACUGGUGACGAUAUCGGACAUGCCCUGGCCAGGCUCCUGAUUGUCUAUCCAUGGACUCAGAGAUACUUCGCUUCCUUUGGUAAUCUAGCCAGUGCCGCAGCAAUUGAAGGAAACCCCAAGGUGAAUGCCCAUGGAAAGGUGGUUAAGGGUGGUCUGGACAACGCUGUGAAGCAUUUGGACAACGUUAAGGGUGCAUUUGAACAGCUGAGUAAACUGCACUCCGAGAAACUGCACGUGGAUCCCAGCAACUUCUGGCUCCUUGCUGAGACUCUCACCGAAACUCUGGCUGCAAAGUUCGGACCCUCCGUCUUCACCGCUGACGUGCACGAGAUUUUCGAAAAAUUCCUGAGUGUCGUCGUGGAUGCUCUAGGAAAGCAAUACCACUAAGCAAGCAUCAGAGUAUAAAAUAUGCAUCUCUUUUACUCUGUGACAAAAACAUGAAAUAAAACGUAAAAAACACGUUUUUUUGUAUAGUCUUUUGUAGAAUGUCAACUAGUUCCACUAUACAUCUUGAACAAACUGGAAAACGCAACUGUAACUUUUCUGUAAAUUCUUAAUCUUAAAAGGAGUUUUAAAAAAGCAGCAAACAUUAACUUACUUACGGUAUACAUACACUGGAAUUGAAGGGUUUCUUAGUUCUUUCCUAGAGGCCACACAAAUAAACAAACAAGCAAACAAAGAAAAUUCAUGUAAUCAUGUAAUUAAGCUUUGCUGACUGUAUGCUUUGCUUAACCAAAAACCAAUGUGGAUUUGUAAACAGCUUUAAUUGCUCCAUAAAUUGUUGUAAUUAGAGAAAAUAAAAUAGACCAAUGACUUUA